CUAUCGAAAAGCUUGAUGAUAUCGUCGAUGCUGCUGAUCAGUUGGACAUGGAGGUGGAAUCGCAUAAGUCUCAACUUCAACCUUUACUUGCUCAAGCCGAUGCUCUGGAUAGAGAUGUGGAAGCUGCCGAGAACGUUGUUGAUGCGCUUAUCUCAAGAACUCUAACAGAUCCUGCAAUCGCAAGGGCAACCCGUCAAGAUUUAGCGGAUCGCGAUGCGCAAUUUGCUGCAUUGUCACAGCGCGCUGCUGCUAUUCACGCCGCGUUGCCUGGGAAGUCGAGCGCAAGUCGCGACACUACACUGUCAGCGCUUGGUGACAAACUGUCGCGAUUGGAAUCCAUGCUGAUUUCUUCACAUGGAACUCCAUCGCGAUCGAUUGCCGAUGCAACACCA